CAGCAACAAUCACUUUGAGAAAAAGCUUUAAUUGUCGUUUCAUAUUUUUACACAUUUGAAGAAAAGAAAAAUGGCGUCUAACCAACAAAGCUACAAAGCUGGUGAAACCAGAGGCAAGACUCAGGAGAAGACAGGACAAGCAAUGAGGGACAAGGCUGAGGAAGGCAAGGACAAGACUUCCCAGACGGCCCAAACGGCCCAACAAAAGGCACAAGAGACCGCCCAGGCAGCUAAAGACAAGACAUCUCAAGCUGCCCAAACGACCCAACAAAAGGCUCAAGAGACGGCCCAGGCAGCGAAAGACAAGACAUCUCAAGCUGCCCAAACUACCCAGCAAAAGGGUCAUGAAACUACCCAAUCAGCAAAAGAGAAGACAUCUCAAGCUGCCCAGACGGCUCAAGAAAAAGCCCGUGAGACGAAGGACAAGACCGGGAGCUACCUGUCGGAGACAGGUGAAGCCGUGAAGCAAAAGGCUCAAGACGCAGCUCAGUACACAAAGGAGACGGCGCAAAACGCGGCUCAGUACACGAAAGAGACGGCUGAAGCCGGUAGAGACAAGACCGGUGGGUUCUUGAGCCAGACAGGUGAGCAUGUGAAGCAGAUGGCUAUGGGUGCAGCUGAUGCGGUGAAACACACUUUUGGAAUGGCAACGGAGGAAGAAGACAGGGAACAUUAUCCAGGCACAACCACUGGUACUACUCGGAGCACUGAUCCGACUCGUCAUACUUAUGAGAGGAAGUGAGAAUAACAGGAACUAUAUAUGAACGCGUCUUUCUUUUGUUUCAAUAAUGUCAUGUGUCUUUGUUUUGUAAUUUCUGUUGUGUCCAUGUGUUUGUGAUUCCGUUUUGUUUCUUUCGUUGUGAUGGUGAUCCUGGAGACUUCUAAUUUCCAGCCAAUAAGUUUAUAUUCGAUCGUGUUACAACUUUUUUUGUGUCGUCCAAUUUGUA